AUUUUACUCGUACAUAUCACUUGGAACGGGGAGUACAUUGCACAUACCGAACUGGGGAUCUCAGCUAGUUGACCAUCGACGACGACGACGCAAUACCCAAGACACGCACGCGAAUAGACGGCGCUCGAGUCUUUGAGGCCAUAGCGCGACCGUUUAGUCGUUCUUCUUCCUUCAUUCUACCAACCGCGAUCCUCCUCCUCCUACACGCACUUGGACGAUGCCGCUUGACUCUUCUCCCAUCGCUGCCCCCCACCCCACGGGGCCACAUCACCCUCCAGCGCGUCCCAACCUCAAGCGACAACACUCGACCAUCCCCACUCCUCCACAGACACAGAAGAAACGCGUUUCUCGCGCUAGACCGAUAGGUACGAUGGGUAAGGUGGGGAAGCUGGUCUUCCCUGGACAACAACCUGCUCGGAAGAGGGCACGACUUGAGCAUUCGGAGAAGGACAAGACUUCGAUUGCUGCGAUGACGAGGACUAUGGAUGUUGACGAGACUGCACAUGAGGAUUUGCAGCCUACCCAGCUUCCAUUCCUCAACCCCCUGGUCGAGCGAGGUAUGCGAACGCCGUCUCCUCCAAGCACACCUGUUCGUAAGUCCAACCGUGUCCCACCUGGAGAAGAAGACAACCCCUUCCUCGCCACUGCCGAAGAAGAGGAACGGAUGCUUCAGCGUCGACGUCAGCGGGAGCUAUCUGGCGAGGUUACUGGAGGUUUUGGUUUUGCCAAUGGGGAAAAGACGAUCAUCCGAGUAUUCCGAGGCGUGCGGCAAGAAUACCCAAACCCGUUCUACAACCGACCCCUGAACACCGAAGCAUCUCAACUCCCCCUUUCUCACCCAGACUACUCCCCUCCCCUCGCUGCACCCCCUCGCCUCCUAUUCCCCCCCGGCUCGUCAAAGGCCACCGUCUUAGCGGAUAUAGAACGGGCUCAUGCAAGCCAAGGCAAGCUCAGACCGUGGGUGAAGAAUGUGGAGCUCCCUACGCCCGAGAGCCAGCCGAGCGAGCGACGCGGGUUGGGACUGGGACUCGAGUUGGUUGAUGAGAUGGACGUGGAUGGGGACGGGGAUAAUGAGGAGGUGGGGGUCCAGGUGGGGAGAGUGGUGCGGAUGAUGCCACUCGUUGGCAGACAAGGGAGGGAAAAUCAUGCUCUUCGCUCUGUGCGGCCCAUCCGCUGAUCUCCCCCAACGAACCAACCCAUUAAUGGGUUCCCUUCCCUCUCACGAAGUCUACAUCUCCGCAUAUACCUGCGUUCUCCUUCCCCCGUCUUACCCACGCAAA